CGACAUCAUCCUGCGUGCACCGAGAUGCAACCGCAGAAAAAUAUGGCUCAGGAGACUAACCAGACCCCAGGGCCCAUGCUGUGUAGUACAGGAUGUGGCUUUUAUGGGAAUCCUAGGGCAAAUGGAAUGUGUUCUGUUUGCUACAAAGAGCAUCUUCAGAGGCAGCAGAAUAGUGGCAGAAUGAACCCAAUGGGGACAGCUAGUGGUACCAACAGUCCUACCUCAGAUUCUGCAUCUGUGCAAAGAGAAGACGCUAGUUUAAACAACUGUGAAGGUACUGCUGGCAGCACAUCUGAAAAAUCAAGAAAUGUGCCUGUGGCUGCCUUGCCUGUAACUCAGCAAAUGACAGAAAUGAGCAUUUCAAGAGAGGACAAAAUAACUACCCCGAAAACAGAGGUGUCAGAGCCAGUUGUUACUCAGCCCAGUUCAUCAGUUUCUCAACCCAGUACUUCUCAAAGUGAAGAAAAAGCUCCUGAGUUACCCAAACCAAAGAAGAAUAGAUGUUUCAUGUGCAGAAAGAAAGUUGGCCUUACAGGGUUUGACUGCCGGUGUGGAAAUUUGUUUUGUGGAUUUCACCGUUACUCUGACAAGCACAACUGUCCAUAUGAUUACAAAGCAGAAGCUGCAGCAAAAAUCAGAAAAGAGAAUCCAGUUGUUGUGGCUGAAAAAAUCCAGAGAAUAUAAAUUACUACUUGUGAAGAGACUGAAACUUUGUUUUUAUUUUAAUAUAUCGUAGGAAAACAUUAAAGAGCAGAUGCAUGGCCAUUUUCCUUU